GGUCAUGCUUUCUUACCAUAAUCUAUAAACAUAUUUGAACUUCUAUUCUCUCAGUAAACCCACGGAUUGCGUCACCCGCUGUUUGCCUUCUCAGAAUCCCCCAAGACACUGGUCAAGAAUGGAUUCCCAAAUCGACCCUCGAAUCAUCGCCAUCGCCGGCCCUCUCCCCACGGGCGUCGACCUCACUGCCAACACUGCAGCCUCCGACAGAGCCGCUAUAAUCAGUGUAUUGAUACUUGCGCUGACUGCCAUCGCAUUUCGAUUCACAGCUAGGCAUAUUCAGCAGACCAGGAUACACUGGGAUGACUGGGUUAUCAUCAUUUCUAUGGCGCUCGUGGGAGGGACUGCAGGUUUAGCUAUAGCAGGUGGCCAUUACGGUGCAGGUAAGCAUAUAUGGGCCGUCGACCUGGGCAGCCUACAACAAAUCUACAAGAUACUUUUCGGAUACACAUUUUUGUACUCUGCAUCCUGUGCCGUCAUCAAGAUCUCGACCCUCCUCUUCUACAGCCGCAUCUUCCUUUCCACAGAACUUCUCUUCUCCCUUUCCAUGAGGUUCGGGUAUUUCCUUUCUAUAUCGUGUCCUAUAGUGGUCUGGGUCACUAUGGGAAACAUCUGUCGACCAUUGGACCACUUCUGGACUCAGUUCGCGGGCACAAAGGGGACCUGCAUUGACAUCAACACGUUCUUUCUCGCUCUUGGUAUCAUCAACACGAUCAACGACUUUUAUAUCCUCCUUACACCGAUACAGCAUAUCUUUCGGCUACAAAUAUCAUUGAGAAAUAGGGUCGGCAUUGCUGGCAUUCUUAUGCUAGGUGGUUUUGUCUGCGCUGCUAGCGCCGUACGCAUCCACUUCCUCAUCGAGCUUUCCAAGACCAAGGACGUCACGAGAGCCAUGGGGCCCGUAUUCAUCUGGUCCGACCUCGAACCGUGCAUCGCAAUUGUAUCCGCAUAUCUUCCGCACCUUGCGCCGUUGCGACAUAUAGUUUGGGACAAAAUCUCUUCAACUUUCGGCAGCCAAGAUGCAAAAGGAACAGGGACUGACUCCAAGCAGUGGAAGAGCGCUACGUGAAACUCAAAGGGGCCUUUGUUCACGUAUGGAGGGUCUAAGUAUUUUGGCAGAGGCGAAAAAAUUAAGCUUGCAGACCAUGAUGAUGAGGUUAAGUUGACCAACCGGAUAACAGGUAGCUAGGCUAUAGGCCACGCAGCCUCCACAAACUCGAGCUCAGGAGAGAACGUCGAUAAACAAGGUAUCCAUGUCCAAACGAGUUGCACACAGCAAACAAAGCAAAGAUGAUAAGUAAUGGGAAAUAAACUGGAAGAAUAAAAGAACUAAAGAUUAAAAGACUAAAGAAAUACCUCUACUACCAGAUAGGGAAAACCGGGCAAACCGAUAAAAAACCCUAUCCCCCCAUCAUUUCACCACAAGUCGCGUAUCAUCCAACCCCGGUUUUGUGUUUUGGUGACCUUUUCACAGCCAUGUACCGAAGAUCUUCAUGUAGAUCAUCUUGACAAUCUGCACCUCAACAGCGUAAAGCAACAGCUCAGCAGCCAAGAAUCCAACAAAUGUCGGCGCUGGCUGAGCAAAGCUGAACGCAGGCCUAAAAGCCGGGAUCCAAGGUAGGACAAAACCAAUUGCCAUGAUCGAUGCAGUAGAGAAUACAAGGAUCGGUGCUGCGCGGCUCUGGAUGAUUGGGAACUUGGCUGUUCGGAGCAAGUGGACGAUCAGAGUCUGGGUGAGAAGACUGUCGCCGCGUUAGCGGUGUGAUUUUAGAAGAGUUGAGGAGAGCUUACCCUUGAAGGAACCAAUGUGUUUGAGCCAGCUUGACAUUGUCGCUAGUAGUUCGGAUGCCGUAGUAGAACCAGUUGAGAGAGAAAGUGCACAUGUCGAUGACCGAGCUUGUAGGACCGAGGACUACGAUGAACUUGAGGAUAUCUGCUACUUGUUAGACAUGGCCAUGGAGAGAGACAAGAAACCUACCCCUUGCGUUCCAUCGUCGUGGUUGAGUUAGAUACUCUUCGUCAACGCGAUCCCAAGGAAUGGCGAUCUGACUGAUAUCAUAGAGCAAAUUCUGAGCAAGAAGUUGAAUGCUAGUCAUCUAUACUCAAGUUAGCAUACUCCCAGAAAGGUAUGAUGAGCUACUCACCG